AAUCUGCAAUGGUAUUUGUGAAUCACAAUUUUGCCCAUUGUUAAAUUCGUUAAUAGUAAAUUUAAUGCACCGAUCUACCUGGGAAGAAACAAAAAAGCUUGUUGGCAAGCAAACAUGCCAUCUCACUUGGACCCACAUUUGUUUUUGAAGUAAUAUCUUUGGAUGACGCUUUAAUGUUUUGAUAGUGAUUGUUUACUUUUCACAACGAGGUGAGAGAUGAUAUUGUAAUUUAUUUGGACUAUCCAUAUUUAGUCUAAAUCAUCUCAUUGUUAAAAUGAUGUUGGGUACACACAGCCUGAUAUACCCGAGGGAAAUUCAGAUGGCCUUCUUAAUUAAGAUGACCUUGGACGACUUCGUUCAUAACACGUAGUUACACGUUUAUAAACAAUAAUGACUAAAUAACGUACUGCAGGAUUGAAGAAAAAAGUCGUUCCCAUACCGGGAGUCGAACCCGGGCCGCCUGGGUGAAAACCAGGAAUCCUAACCGCUAGACCAUAUGGGACACGUCUGCCAAGUACUGCACAAACAGAUUUUGUUCUAUCGUGUUGCCUCUAUGGUCGCUGUUUUCGUAUUAACAACAUCGUUAACAUUGUUGCUAGUCGUUGGAAAGCUCACAAAUAACUGCACUACGUUUUUGAAUCGGUAAACUACAUCUCUUUAACUGUAUGCCAAUGUAAUUUUAGGGCUACAGAACUGGAAUAAAUUAAUGAGAUGUAUUAUGCAACUAAAACUCGGUUAUAAAUACUUCAUUUCUGUGCUAUAUCUUAAAAUUUUCGUUAAUUAUUUAAUUUUAGAAACUAUUUUUCAAGGAGUUACUUUUUUAGCCUUUUUCUGUCUUCUCUGAGCAUUUUAUUUAUCAAAUAACCGCCAAUGUUUUCAAAAUACUAUAAUAUUGAUAACUUAAUUGCAACAGUUUGUAAAGCAGGUAGUGGUUCUAUUAAAUCAUUUAAUAUGAGAAAAUAAAGGUAAAAUGGCAGAGAAGGAAGCUGCAUUACCAUUCAAAAGCACAUGCAGGUGCUGUUUGACUGUAGGUAAACCACAUCACUAUAAGCCUGACAGCUUCAGACACUGCUUUGUACUGUGGUUUUACUCUAUUUUUUUAAUUUAUUUUUUUUACAGCAUACCAGUGGCGGAGAGUAACUAAGUACAUUUACACAAAGACUGUACUUAACCCUCUCAUGCAUGACACUCACUGCAGUACACUGUUAUUCAAACUGCAGCUAAAACCACAUCAUUUGCAAUAAUUCCUCCCAACACACAGCGGCUAAUCUCCAAAGCCCUCUCUGUAUUCAUAAAUGAUCCCUGUUAAUAUUUCUUACUCUGAAAUUUUGCAUUUUUAAUGCAAAAUGGUGAUGGAAAUGUUCCUGUCAGCUCUGAAAUAGGUUUUAAAACCUUUUAUUCUACAAGAAACAUCAAAAUAUUCUCUUCAAAAGUUGAAUUCAUAGACUUUUGUCCCUUUUUGGCGAAAAUAUAACUAUGCACUGUUGCAGACGGCAUAUAUCAGUGGUUUAUUCUGGUCUUUCGGGCCCUUUGCGUCAAUUUAGAGUAAAGCAACAGUUGAUUUAUAUUGCUUUUUUUCAAUCUCAGACCAUGUAACAACUAAACUGUGAAUUAUUAUGCACAAUAGUCAAAUAUAAUGUAUUAGUAAAAACAAAUUAGGGGUGUCUGAUGUAUGGAAUUUUACACAAAAAAUCAUGAUCUUGACCCCGAAUUUCAUAUACCACCACCGCUGAUCGUAGAGAAGAUUUAACUCCUUAAAACACAGCAAAUAAAUAAACAAAAAAAGAUUUUUAAACCUUUGGCUUUAAUGUUUUUUAUAUGUUAAUAAAAAGUGUUUCACUCUAUUCAGCUAUCUUUUUUUUUUUGCCUUAAAGUGCAUUUUGAUUUCAAUUUCACUCAAAAUAAUAAAUGGUGAAAAAAAGCAAAAAUAAUUAGACAUGUUUUAGGCCUUUUAUAGUAUAAACAAGAACAUUUGAGGGAAAAAUAUACUCUUGAUUUAAGUAAGUACACUUUUCUGUUGCUUGUGCUUAAUUGAGUAUUGCAUUUUAUGCCUGAUUUUGACAGCUACAGUCAUUACAUGCUAAAAUCAAGAUGUUACUGAUUUUACCUGCAUAAAAAGUCGCUUGUUUAGUUCUAGUCCUAUAAAUAAAAUUAACAUCAUUCCGACGCACUGAUCUUGGUAAUUUGCGAGAGAUUCGUUCAGAGAUAGGAGAAGGCUUAUGAAAGCCAACUGUGAUGUAAAUUAAAUUUGCAAAACACACACAGAGGAAGUAGCAACAGCGUGUUUGCACCUCUCUGUAUUAGGCCACAGCAUCAUUUACUUAAAAAAACAAAGCCACAAAUGAGCGUGUGUGUGUGUGGGAUGGAGGUAGGACGGGAAGUACAUGAUGUCACAGAGGGAGAGAGACAUCAGGUUCAUGAUCUGCAACGGACUCAGACUACGCACUUCUGGACGUGAAAGAGAAGCUUCGUCUCCCUCAUCCUCAGCAUCCACCUGCUCCUACAGCUCAUUCAUCAUGGACCCCAAAGUGGUGGAAAACAUCUACCUCCUGGUCAUCGUCACCCUCAUCAGCAUCCUGCAGAAUGUGUUCUUUGCUCAGAAGGUUGAGAGGGAGUGCAAGUGUCAUCACAGCCACACAUCUGCUUUUGAACGAGUGUCUUGUGCCAAUCGGAACUGCAUGGAUGCUUACCCCACUUUCCUGGCAGUGAUGUGGUGUGCCGGCCUGUGCCUCAGUCAAGCUCCUGCUGCCUUCGCUGGGAUCAUCUACCUUCUUGUCAGACAGAAGUACUUUGUCGGAUACUUGGGGCAAACCUCUCAAAGCACCCCUGGAUACCUGUUCGGAAAGCGCAUCAUCAGCUUCCUCUUCCUGAUGUGCGUCGUGGGCAUCUUUAACUACCUGCUGGCACGUUACUACGGCAACGACUAUAAGGACUACGUAGAAACCAUCACCAAGGCGGCCUCUGCUCUUCUCCUCAUCCCAUAAUCCAGUGUUUGUCACAAAACUUUUGCUGUUGCAUUGAAACGCUGCACUCUUUUCCUGUUUUUGUGAAAGCUUUUAUUGUGUUUGAAAAUAAAAAUAAAAUAGAAAACUCA